AUGGCUGCGCACAGUGGAAGCUGCGUAGGCUUGGAUGUCGAGGCAAUACAGCGACAAUAUCCAGACAUCAAACAACUUACAGGCAUUCAGACCAAAGCUAUUCAAGCUUUACUUAGUUCUGACAGUGAUGUGUUCGUUGUAAGUCGCACUGGAAGUGGUAAAUCGUUAUGUUUUUAUGCUUUGCCGGCUUUGCGACCAUCGAGCGUGGUGAUAGUUUUGUCACCACUGCUGAGUAUUAUGGAGGAGCAGGUGUUAUACCUCAGAGCCCAUGAUGUCACUGCAACAUACAUCGGAAGAAAUGAAACUGAAGAUGAAGACAUCAGGAAUGCAAAAUUUCAAGUGCUUUUUGGCAGUCCAGAAAUGAUAAUUGGUAAUGAAAAAUGGAGAAAGGUGUGGAAAUCAGACGUCUACCAAACCAGAGUGCUUGCCAUUGUAGUUGACGAAGCCCACACAGUAACAUUGUGGGGUGAAGAUGGUCCAGGUGAGAAAGCUUUUCGUGAAUGUUUUUCCAGAAUUGGUGAACUGCGUUCACUUUUGACAGCGCCAUUGAUGGCUCUUACUGCAACAGCUAGUUCUUCCAAGAGAAAGAAAAUCAUGUCAAGGUUAAAUAUGAAAAAUACAAGGACAUUAAUGUUGGUAGAAAGUCCAGACAGACCUAAUAUCAAAUUAGGAAUUGCACAAGUGAAAAGGACAGAGAACCAUAUUGCUGAAUCAUUUGAAUGGUUGUUAGAAAUACUUGAGAAACAGAAGGAAAAUAUGGAAAGGUACAUCAUUUUUUGCAAGUCCAUACAGGACUGUGCAAGAAUCCAUUUUCUGUUUAAUACAAAACUGAAAUCACUGGGUAGAAUGUAUAAUAUGUUUCACAGCAAGACCCCUAAUGCAAUUAAACAACUAAUAAAGGAAGAUAUGAGCAUUGAUGGAAACAUAAAAGUAUUGAUUUGCACUAAUGCUGCUGGAAUGGGGGUGAACUUUCACAAUGUCCAUAAUAUUAUUCACUAUGGUCCACCCAGAGAACUGGACACUUUUCUGCAACAAAUAGGGAGAGGAGGAAGAGAUGGCAAGCAGUCACAACAACUGUUAAUCUACAAUAAAACUCAGAUUCGAAAGAUAGAUCUUGAUAUGUUAUCAUACAUUCGUAACCAAACAGAAUGUCGAAGGAAAAUCCUCCUUCAAAACUAUAAUGUAACGUGUACCGGUAGCAGUGAUGCAAUUACUCAUAACCAUUGUUGUUGUGACAUUUGUGAGCAAAGUUGUACAUGUGAGCAGGAAGUAUGCCCAAUGCAACAUGUUUAUUAUAAAGAAACCAAGAGGAUCCCAUCAUCACAUGUUGUUAGAAAUGUGACAACUGAACAAAAACAGUUACUAACAUCUGCACUUGAUGCUUAUAGAGUGUCAAUAAAUCUUGAUGUGUGUGAUGAAUCAUUUAUUGUACCUUCUGAGGCGUCACAUGGUUUUUCAGAGUUUGUUAUUGGAGAAAUAGUUGACAAAUGUGCUUGUUUAUUUUCUGCUGAUGAUGUAAUGCAGCAUAUUCAUAUUUGGUCAUAUGCACAUGCAAAGGAGGUGAUAAAAAUUAUAAAUGUAAUUUUUGAUGAUUCUGACAUUGUCUAUACAAAUGAUGAAGAUGAUAUUUACUCAUAUGAUGAUAUUGCAUAUUAUGAUUGA